AUGUCACUAACUGUCCAUCUCUCCUGUCUCCUGGCCCUGUUGGUGGCAGGCCUGGCCCAAGGCAUCAAGAGCUCCCUCAGGGGCCAGGACCCAGGUCCCCAGCCUCUGGAGCUGAAAGAGGUCUUCACGUUGUUCCAGAUCCAGUACAACCGGAGUUACUCACACCCAGCAGAGCAUGCUCGCCGCCUGGACAUCUUUGCCCAAAACCUGGCCAAGGCUCAGCAGCUGCAAGAGGAGGACUUGGGCACAGCUGAGUUUGGGGUGACUCCAUUCAGUGACCUCACAGAGGAGGAGUUUGGCCAGCUUUAUGGGCAUCAGAGGGUGGCUGGAGAGGCCCCCAGUGUGAGCCAAAAGGUAGGGUCUGAAGAGUGGGGGCAGUCAGUGCCCCCGACCUGUGACUGGCGGAAGAAGGCUGGCAUCAUCUCACCCAUCAGGAAUCAGCAAAACUGCAACUGUUGCUGGGCCAUGGCAGCAGCGGGCAACAUCGAGGCCCUGUGGGCCAUCAAAACCGAUCAAUCUCUGGAAGUCUCUGUGCAAGAGCUGCUCGACUGUGACCGCUGUGGGAAUGGCUGCAAGGGCGGUUUCGUCUGGGAUGCGUUCAUAACUGUCCUCAACAUCAGUGGCCUGGCCAGUGAUAAGGACUACCCAUUCAUGGGGAACAGCAAACCCCACAGAUGCCAGGCUAAGAAGCACAAGAAGGUGGCCUGGAUCCAGGAUUUCAUCAUGCUGCAGCCCUGCGAGCAGAGCAUCGCCAGGUACCUGGCCACCCAAGGCCCCAUCACUGUGACCAUCAACAUGAAGCUACUGCAGCAAUACCAGAAGGGUGUGAUCAAGGCCACAUCUACCACCUGUGACCCCCAGCUUGUGGAUCAUUCUGUCCUGCUGGUGGGUUUUGGUAAAAGCAAGUCGGUGGAGGGGAGGCAGGCAGAGGCAAUCUCAUCCCGGUCUCCUCCUCAUCCUCGCUACUCCAUCCCAUACUGGAUCCUGAAGAACUCCUGGGGGGCCAACUGGGGUGAGGAGGGCUAUUUCCGGCUGCACCGAGGGAGUAACACCUGCGGCAUCACCAAGUACCCGCUCACUGCCAGACUGGACAAACCCGUUAAGAAGCACCAAGUCUCCUGCCCUCCCUGAGCCCACCUGGCUGCCGCCCAGCUCUCUCCUGCUGUGCCAGCUACCUCCCUGCCCACCCCACCCCAAGGCUUUUGCCUAUCCUCCCAGUGUUUCUGCUACGGAUUGAA